AUGUGUGCAAUAUUUUUCGACUAUUUGGCUGGUAAAGGAACACCUCAGGAUCAAUGUAGACAGUAUGAGCACCGGUUUAUUGAUUCGCAUGAAUUAUUUCAUCUCGUUGACAAAGUUGCUUCGCAGUUGAUCAAGUGCAAUCAACACCUACCUGAGAUUAAGAAUAGGACAUGGGUGGUACAUAUUGUGGAUGACCCCAAACAGAAAAACGCAUUUGUCCUACCGAAUGGUCAUAUCUUUGUAUUUACUGGUAUGCUCUUAGCUGUUAUGAAUGAGCAUCAAUUAGGCAUUGUUCUGGCCCAUGAAAUUGCUCAUGUGGUUCUAAACCAUGGGGCAGAACAAGCAAGUUUCUUGGAAUUCUUUGAUUGGCUAAUGAUUGUUGUAUUGGCAGGCUUCUGGGCAUUUUUACCCAAUGAUGGAAUAGCUAUUAUAGCAACUUGGUUUAAAAACAGAGUGGCUGAAUUGCUUAUCCAAAUGCCGUAUAGUCGAAGCCUGGAGGUGGAGGCUGAUGUAGUGGGCCUAGAACUUGCUGCAAAUAGUUGUUUUGAUGUCCGGGAAAGUCAGGUAUUCUGGGAGCUAAUGGCGGAUGCUAGUCAAAGGAACGAUGAAGUACAAAUGGAGUGGUUAAGUACACAUCCCACACAUGAACACAGAGCAAAACAUUUAGAAGAACUCAUCCCAAAGGCAAUAAAGAUGAGAGAGUUUUGUAAAUGUCCUGCUCUCCCCAAACAAGAUCCACGUUUACUACUGAAAAGUCUUAAAGCUCAGCAGGAUGAAAUAAGCAAAGAACCAAGAACAGUGGUUGUACCAGGUGUUGUCAUAAAUGCUUCAAAUGACUAAAUUCUUAGUGAUACAGUAACUCAAUUUGAACGGCCUUAAAAGGAUUUCUCACCGAUGUUUGUUGUGAACUAGCUGAAGAUUUCUUGAUCUCUACUCUUUCAGUGAACUUGCAGAUUUGAAAAUCUCUGUGAAUGCAAAUUGCGAUAAAUAUGUACUGUGAUGGUUUUUGAUUAAGUGUUGAUAAAAACAAAUUUAAAUUUUUUGAUCAAUUUUACAAUAUGAAUUUCUGUAACUUAAUUUGAAAUUGCUGUCUUCCUUACAAGUGCAAUUGAAUAUAUAGCAAAAAUAUUUUGUAAUAAAUACAUUUAACCUUAAAAUCAAACAGUAAAGUAAUUUCUUAAAUCAUUGAAAUUAUUAGAGAAUUACAGUACUACUUAACUGACUUUAAGUAUACGCAGGUAUUUGGUCAAUGUUCUAGGUCUUGAUAUAAACAGUGUUUACUGCUAUGGCCUUUGUUGUAGAAAGUUUUAAAUGUCAAAGGUCAAGCUGGUAAACCAAGAUAUUGUCAAACAGGUGAAUAUGAAGUCUAAUUAAAUUAAGUCAAUAUGAAAAAAUAAUUUGGAUUCCAG